AUGCUCAUCAGCGGCAUCGCCAACCCUGCCGGGGAGACCGAGGGAUACAACGGGCUGCACCUCAAGGACGGGGAGAUCGACGAGAUCAUCAGCGGCAGGCAGAUGAUCGGCAUCCCCGUCAAGAUCGAGCACAAGGGCGUCGGUGUCGGCACCGUGGUCUCGGCAUUCAAGGAUGAACAGGGCAGGCUGAACUGCAUACUGGACAUCACCGACGAUGAGAUCGAGGGCGCGAUCGCACAGCAGUGGGUGCGGGACAACACGGCCAGCGAGCUCUCGCUGGGUUACACCGUCGACAUCAACCAGUCCGAGCCGCAGGGCAGGCUCUCCGCGGGGAGGAAGAAGGUGCUCGAGGUCAGCCUCGUCAGGAAGGGUGCGAGGAAGGGCUGCCACAUCUACAGCCACCCAGGGAAGCACCCGCCUGGCGACCCCGGGUUGAUCAAAGACUGGCGCGAGGCUUUCGGCCACCCCUUCUGA